AUGAUUGCUGUUUAUUCAAUGGAUCAGUCCAUUCAUCUCCGCAGCUGUCCACCGGUCAUCCAGCUGUCCAUCGGUCAUCCAGCUGUCCACCGGUCAUCCAGCUGUCCAUCGGUCAUCCAGCUGUCCAUCGGUCAUCCAGCUGUCCAUCUGUCAUCUAGCUGUCCAUCUGUCAUCCAGCUGUCCAUCGGUCAUCCAGCUGUCCAUCGGUCAUCCAGCUGUCCACCGGUCAUCCAGCUGUCCAUCGGUCAUCCAGCUGUCCACCGGUCAUCCAGCUGUCCACCGGUCAUCCAGCUGUCCAUCGGUCAUCCAGCUGUCCACCGGACCAAAGAGGACAUCGCGACACCAACAGGACUAAAGAGGACAUCGCGACACCAACAGGACCAAAGAGGACAUCACGACACCAACAGGACCAAACAAAGAGGACAUCGCGACACCAACAGGACCAAAGAGGACAUCACGACACCAACAGGACCAAACAAAGAGGACAUCGCGACACCAACAGGACCAAAGAGGACAUCACGACACCAACAGGACCAGACAAGGAGGACAUCGCGACACCAACAGGACCAAACAAAGAGGACAUCGCGACACCAACAGGACCAAAGAGGACAUCACGACACCAACAGGACCAAAGAGGACAUCACGACACCAACAGGACCAAACAAAGAGGACAUCACGACACCAACAGGACCAAACAAAGAGGACAUCACGACACCAACAGGACCAAACAAAGAGGACAUCACGACACCAACAGGACCAGACAAAGAGGACAUCACGACACCAACAGGACCAAACAAAGAGGACAUCACGACACCAACAGGACCAAAGAGGACAUCACGACACCAACAGGACCAAAGAGGACAUCACGACACCAACAGGACCAAAGAGGACAUCACGACACCAACAGGACCAAACAAAGAGGACAUCACGACACCAACAGGACCAAACAAAGAGGACAUCACGACACCAACAGGACCAAACAAAGAGGACAUCACGACACCAACAGGACCAAAGAGGACAUCACGACACCAAGAGGACCAAAGAGGACAUCACGACACCAACAAAGAGGACAUCACGACACCAACAAAGAGGACAUGA